AUGUUUCUAUUUAUAUUUCUUCAUUGUAAGGCGUAUUAUUAUUAUAGGCGUGGGGAAGGUGGACGAUUCUCUAUGCGUGGCUGCUCUAUUUUAGGACCAAAAAAUGUUGCUGCAUCGGUUGCUUCAGCCAAAAAUAUUUCUAUUCAAAGGGCAGAUAUGACUGCGUGGUUAAGACGCAAAGAUUAUAAUCCAAUGAAAGCUGUUGCGGAAGCUCGGAAGAUGCAACAAUUAAAGUCACGAAAUUCCCGAACCAAAUUUGGAAAAAAAAAACACUUUAUUUAUAGCGGAAUACAGUUUAUUAUUAUUUAUAAUCGAACGAGAUUUAAGCUACCUGUUUUGGAGCUGGAAAGGUGCGUACAAGAACUGGCUGCGAAGUGCAAUCGUAGCAUCGAAUUGAUCAAAAAUGCUCAUCAUGGUGAACUGUCUAAAUCUGUUGAGAAUCUUCUUGAACUUGCUGUUGAACCCUCUAAAGAAUGUCAGAUAUCUGUUGCCGAUCAACUUGACCGACUUUCAUCGGCAUUUGAUGCAAUUCAGAAAUAUUUAGAAGUAAACAAUACAACGAUUGCGUUAAAAAAAAACUUAUCAGGAAGUUCAACGAAUCUUCAAAAAAAAUAA